ACAAGAUUAGCAUAAGCAGACAUGGCAGGGCAAGACUCGGGUAUAAGAUUAGCAUAGACAAAUAUGUCUGAAGUACCCACCACCCAAAAGUACAAUAGAAGUUCCUUUGCAUGUCUGGAGCCUGAGGCGAGUCAGCUGAUGAGAGUUGGCUUCCCUUGGCUAACAAUGAGCCCAGCAAUUGUCACCUCUGGGAACUUCCUGGAGUCCUUUUUCAAAGGGAAAAUAGCUUUGGAAUGGAGGAAACUGACAAAGGAGUUGAUUUUAUAUUAUUUUUAAAGCUAGGUAACUUCCCUGAGCUGUCAAGUUGAAAGGAUACAUUCAGGCAUAAUAUUUGUAUUAUGUAUUAUGUAUGUAUUAUGUAUUAUGUACUUUAAAGAUGUGCCCCCCCGUAAUUUCCAUAACACCCAGCUGGAGGCAACGAGGUAACCCCCGCAUCUGGAGCCAGGGCAGGAUCAGGCCCCUGACUCGGCCCAGCUGGUGCUUGUUGCAGGGGAACCUGUGCAGACUGGGGCUCUUCAGGAUCAGGCCUCAGGCUUGGUUCAGACGCCGCCUGAGGCAAAGGAUCCGGUGCGGACUGAGACUCCUCUGGCUCCGAGUCCGAGUCCCAGGCCAUCACACUAGUGGUUAUUCAUUGAUAGUCUCUAAUCCCAUCCCCGGUGCAUUCUGAAUUUCAUUCUAACUUCCAGUUUCUCCCACUGCAUACCUCAUGUUGAAAUGGACCAAACCAGUCAGGACUGGAACGGGCCACUGAAAGUAAUAAGAGUCCAGUGUGGUUUUGUUUCCUUGACCCAGUGGUUUGGGACUGAAGCACUUUACAUUCUGGCACACAAGGUUUUGAUAGAUGUUGCUGUGAAGUCUGGGUGACAUCAGAAUAAAAAUGUCUAUGAUUCCAGAAGAGGAAAUCCCAGAAGGCUUGUGCUUUCCAAGAACUGUUCGUUGCUUUGUAGCUGUAUCAUAGCAUCCUCAAUCGGUAUGAAUUGUUCUUUGCAUACUAGCUUUCUCAGAUGAGAGAGAGAAAGUUUGGGGAUCAUGCUUCUUUAACCAAGUGGGGGGAAAUGUAGUAUCUGGCAAGCUCAGAGUGUGUGUGUGUGUGUGUGUGUGUGUGUGUGAGAGAGAGAGAGAGAGAGAGAGAGUACAAUGGAAUAAGAUAAGAGGGAAGAAAUCUUUGGAAGAAAUUUAAAGUGUAAACAGUCAUUCACUUUGGGUUGGUUGAUUUUAUUUUGAUCCUUAUUACACAUAUGGUCUUUCCCAACCACAUUUAGAUAACAUUUUAAAUCAUUCAAACCAUGAAAUGCAUGUUCCUCAGUAGCAUCCUAUGUCCAUGUAGACUCCAACUCUCAGACAGCCUUGUUCCACAUUUGGGUAGGGUAUCGGGCCAUUAAAACCCUGCAUGCUCCUCACCAGCAUCCUAAAUCCUUGUGCAGCCCAGCUCUCUGUCUGUCCGGGGCCUGGGCCGCAGCAGGAGUCAGUGCAAAAUGACAGUGAGGAGUCUCCUUUCACAAGAUGAGAGCUAAAUGUGCACCGAGGUUGUCUGUAAUAUACAAAGCACUGAGCCCAACUAACAGAGACAAUCUGUUAAGCUGGCUUUGCUAAUAAGUAAACAUCUUCAGCCAGCUUUGUUUAUUAGGCAGGUGUGUUUUGGAACACAGUUUUAUUUGAUGGCCAGCCUCCCAUCCUCAGGCUGCUGUAGGCGGUGUAAUGGAUCUGGAUAUCCUAGUCCACUUUAUUCUCAACAAUAGUGUUAUCAGAUAGCUGCAAGCAUCUCUCCGUUGCCAUAGCACAGAAAACAAAACCCCUUCAGAAGCAGUUGAACUGCUGCCUGGUUUUGCAAUGUGCUUAUCCAGUAUAGAGCUCAGCGGUGGAAAUGCAGGGGAACCCUGGUUUCCUGGCAUCUUUUAGUUUAGCCUUAUGAAAUCCUCAUCUGUCUCUCAUUACCUCUUAACAAAAUGUGUUUUCCUUUAUUCUUCAUUUCUAAGGGUAGUUCAGUACCAUGGUCAGCACAGUAAGCUGUGCGACCCUUAAGGAGAACUAAAACAUGUUAAGGAAAGAUGUGACUGAAGAAAUUGGAAUGGUUUCAUCAUCUGCAAUUGUCUGAUAUAAACAGAUAGAUAGAUGUAAGUCGGCAGCUGUAUCUGCAAGAAACUGGAUUCUUAACUACAAAAGGGCACAUGGCAAAGUGUUAGUUUCUACUAUAGGCAAGAACCAUGUAUUGAAUUGAGCCUCUUUAUGAUCGAUGGAUGAGGUGAAGAAGGACCGGCACGAUGCUCAGGAAGAUUCACGCAAUAUUUCACCCCAACUCCCGUAGGAGAAGCCUGUCCGAUGGAAUCCCUACUUGUGAUGGCUCUGCAGUCCGGUUGAUCCGUAGCACCUCUAUGUAUGUACUUGGAGAGGAGGAUAACAAAUUUAGUGAGCCUUUGAAAAAAAGCAAAAGUACCACCAGCCUGGAUUCAGUUGCUUGCCUCCAUCUGAAGGAAGAAGAACGGGCAUGGAUGUACUCAAAGACUCAAGACUGUUUGCAGUACUUGCAAGAUUUGCUAGCUUUGAGGAAAAAAUACAUUGAGAGCAUCAAAGAUCUGAAGUCCAGUGACAGGGCAUCUGAUAUUUCCUCAGUGUCUACAAAAUCUUCCAAGACGAGGCAAAAGUCACCAGCCACGCCUCCACCAAUACAGUCUUCCAAGGUAGGAGCUCUUGCAUCACAUGGUUAAGAAAACAUUGCUUAUAUGUAUGACAAGAUAAAGGCCCAGAAAGGUUUCAAAAAUCAUGUAAUUAGAAAAUCACUAUAUAACGUUUGGAUAAGAUAUAAAGAUCUCCUAGAAAGGAAAACACCCAGAUGGCUUUCACCAAUGGAAGCUAAGGCCCCCAAAAAGUUAAAUAUGGAGAAUAAAUGGUUGAGAUACUCUGACCUUUUGCUUGAGGAUAAUGAAGGAUUUAAAUUAAGACCAUUUGAUCAAAUCAAAGACAAUGUGGAUGGCUUCAAGAUUAUCAGAUCAAUGAAUUAUUUAAGCUUGACAAGAAAAAUGGUUUUGCAACGGAAAAAAACAAAUUGGAAAUGGAGUUGUUAGAUACCAAUGUUAAAAAUUUGUCUAAGAUGUAUAAUUUGCUGUUGGAACGGCAUACAAAGGAUGAACAAGUGAAAUCUGUGAUGAUAGAUUGGGCAAGAGAUUUUGGUCACAAUAUAAUGAUGGAAGAUUGGGAAAGGUUGUGGAAGUUUAAUAAUAAUGAGCACAGGAGAAGCGAGACCCACAAAUGUGAUGUGUUUCUCUCUGUAAUACCUUCACUGAGUCCAUCCCCCGUUCAGUUUUUCACACACAUCCAUUACACAGAAGUAUCAAAUACAACUUACACUUCAUUCACCCAACCCUAACCCUUUCCAUCAAUCUAGAGAGACGGCGACUGCUUGGUUUAAAAAACAAACAAAAGCAAAAUUCUGAGCAGCCGAAAUGAGAAACUUUCUCAGCAGGUGAGGCCAUGACUGCAGAGAGUCUAAUUUCAAGAAAGUGAAGCCAUGCUUUUUUACAGCCAGUAGCUAAAGAAUGCAUUGACAACUGUAGAUUGUGUUUAACCUUUGGACAAGUUUCUCUCUUGCUGUUCUUCUUUUGAAAAAGAAACACCAUUAGUUUUUAUGCAAAUCAAUGUGUUCCGUGUGCUUUAAUUUCUUUAUUAGCAUAGCAGCUGCUCUCAGAUUGUUUUUUAAAAGGGCUUUCAUUUCACAAGCAGGUAUGUUAUUUGGUGUGAUAUUGAGUAGAUUACUCCUUUGCAGCAGUGCCAAUAGUGAUUUAUAGUGCUAUAGGCACACUAAACAGCAUCCUAACAGGGUGAUUACUAUAUUUGUUUACUCAGAAGUAAGUCCCACUAUGGCCAAUGGAACUCACUGAUAAGUGUUUAUAGGGUUGCUGCCUACAUGUGGAAAAAACAUGAUGUAACCACUGAAACCCUUAAAGUGUGCUCUUGCACUAUUUAAAAAGCACAAUACAGUACAGAACCACUAUUUCCGGGUGCAUGAGCCUAUCCAAGAGGCUCUCACUAAUAUAUACAUCUCAUACACUUGCUUACACUUACUUGUCACCUUCAGUAAUGCUUUGCAUGUCGCAGCCUGAUAGGAAAAGGGAAAGGGAAAUGCAGCCAGAGAGAUGGAUGUUCAGCAUGAAUGCUGCAACCUGGAGCCAGCAGGAAAGGGGAAAUUGUGCUUUCCCAGAAAUAUUGGGACCCUGCUGGCAACGGUGCAUAGAUGUGGCUACAAGUACCUUACUAUGUAACAGAGGUUGCCGUGUCUUACAUGCAGGCUUCAGGAAGCUCCCAAGGCUUGCGAAUAGCAGCCUGUUCUGGGGGCUGGGGGGGGGGAUAAUUUUUUUCUUUAUUCCCCCCCCCAAAAAAAAACUAGGUGCGCCCUAUAGGCCGGUGCGCCCUAUGGGGCGAAAAAUACGGUUAUUUAUACCAUGCUCCCAGUGGGUAGCAUGCAUAAAUCUGGUAAACUUUAGCAGUAAUAGUUAGGAAACAUUGUGUGUGUGUCUCAAAUCUGCAUUCGCAGCUGUAAUCUAAUCCGAAUAUAUGUGGGAGUAAGACCCAUAGAACUGAAUGGGUCUUACUUUGACAAAUCAGGUAUAGGAUUGCAUUGUAAACUGUGCAUGAUUAGUUAUCCUUGAAACAGCCUAUUAGGUAAUUAUUAUUAUUCACAUUUUACAGAAAACAAAGUGAGUUUGGGCAGCAGUGGCUUCAUUAUGGUAGCUUCAUGGCGAGGCUGGGAUAAUGUUCCUGUCCUCAUCAGAAUAAUUAUUUUCACUUCACAGAGAACCUAAGUGGUUCUCCAAGCUCACACAGGUACUGUAUGUACAGAAGUAAUGAGAGCAGGCUCCAGGAUUACUGUUUUAAGUAAUUAUUUCUGCAGCUGUGCUCCUAUAUUCAUUUCUUCAUCUAAUCCCCCUUCAAGUUGAUCUACACAAUCAAGCAGAACCACACUAGAGGGUCAUUCAAUAUCAAGUGAUCCAACUUUCUUACUUCAUGUCAUCCAAUUUUCUUAAUAUUUUGUAUAUUUGUUGAAUGAUCAAAACCAAGUUUAAAUCUAAAAUUUUAGCUUUUUCUCUCAUCCCGUUUUUGAAUUAUGAGGGUUAGAAAUUUCAAAAAUUUUUUGGACAAUUUUGGCCUUGUCACACUACACAAAAAACUUAAAAGCUCAGCCCAGCAUUGAGACAUGUCAAAACUAAAAACACCAAUCUCUUCAGAACUUCAUGGGCUUUAAUAUUAUAUGUCACAAUAAGGACUUACUUUAAAUUUUGAAGUUAAGUUACAAAAUGCUGGGCUGAGCUUUUAAGGCCAAAAUUGUUGACUUUUUGAAAAGGUUUAAGUAAAAGCUGUUGAUUGUGAUUCAGCAGGAAAUGGUCUUCCCAAAACGGAAAAGUGGCGAUGGAAAACCACUUAAUGAAUUUUUCCUGCAGUAAUGCAGUUGUCAAGAGUGCCAGGACUUUGGCAGAAAAAUAGGUGGCAACUGUAGAUAUGAAGUUGCAUCGGUGCCUUGAGAAAUGGUUCAUUAAAACAAACCCACAUGGAGGUAGAACAUUUGAGAAUAUAAGUGAACCCUGAACUCACAAUUUCCAUCACAUUGGCGUUCUGAGCCAGAGCACAACAUUAUUUUGAUUGAAUGCAACUCCCUGAAUUAAGCAUAAAAAACAACUUUAAAAUGCAGGCCAAAGACAAAUAAGUAGCAAUGGGUUCAAAGAACAAUUUAGCCUGUGAUCAGAGAUUGUUUUGUUGAAGAACAUUUGCAAGUCCGCUUCCACCAUUUUGGUCGCGCGUUUUGUAUCCUUGGAUAUUGGGUUGUUCUUUGCAACAGCAAAGUCUAUUUGUUCAAACCGAACUCCUGUCAUAUUAUUCUGUUCAACAGAUCUCAGCAGAGAGAAAAGCCUCACAGCUCAAUUCAGACGUAACUGAGGCAAUAGCUUAUUUUGACUCAAUUAUUGCCGAGCUAGAUGCAGAAAGGCAUCGGAAAAUUGUGGUGAGGGAUCAUCCGCCACACGCAGAUGUUGAUUUUGAUGGUAAGUAGGCAUACAAUGCAGGGAGCUGCUGAGUGACCAUAGACAAAUGACACAUGAAAAUAAAAUAAAAUCUAUCAUAAUAAAGCCAUGCUGUUCAUGAACAAAUUUAAAGUUAAACCCCAUAAUGUAAAAGCUUUAAAAGCUGCUUGACUGGCAGAAAUGUAACUGGUGUCCUGUUUUACAAGCAACUAGCUCCUGCCAACCUAGCAGUUCGAAAGCACAUCAAAGUGCAAGUAGAUAAAUAGGUACCGCUCCAGCAGGAAGGUAAACAGCGUUUCCGUGCGCUGAUCUGGUUCGCCAGAAGUGGCUUAGUCAUGCUGGCCACAUGACCUGGAAGCUGUAUGCUGGCUCCCUCAGCCAGUAAAGCGAGAUGAGCACCGCAACCCCAGUGUCGGUCACGACUGGACCUAUCGGUCAGGGGUCCCUUUACCUUUACCUUUUUACCCACUGGAGAAAGGUCCUGGUGUUACCCUGCCUUCUGACAUUACUUAACCUGUGGCCUUUGGGGAAUGAUUUGGUAAAACUUCCCCUAUGAUGCAUACCAACAAGCAGGAAGUAUUUUAGGUGAAUUUCCCUCAGAGCCACUGAGGGAUCAUUGUGCCUUUGGCUCUGCGCAUUCAUCAUUUCAGUCAGCAAAUAACUUCAAAUAAAAUCCAAUGGGGAUGCAGGCAGGAGUCCUGCAGAGAGUGAGGGAGAAACUACACUAUUCCACUGGGGUGAAGAAUUGAGUGUCUCCAUGCUGGACGUGGGUGGCGCUGUGGUCUAAACCACAGAGUCUAGGGCUUGCUGAUCAGAAGGUUGGCGGUUCGAAUCCCCAUGAUGGGGUGAGCUCCCGUUGCUCGGUCCCUGCUCCUGCCAACCUAGCAGUUCGAAAGCACAUCAAAGUGCAAGUAGAUAAAUAGGUACCGCUCUGGCGGGAAGGUAAACGGCGUUUCCGUGCGCUGCUCUGGUUCGCCAGAAGCAGCUUAGUCAUGCUGGCCACAUGACCCGGAAGCUGUACGCCGGCUCCCUUGGCCAGUAAAACAAGAUGAGCACCGCAACCCCAAAGUCGUUCGUGACUGGACCUAACGGUCAGAGGUCCCUUUACCUUUACCUUUAUGCUGGAGGAAAAGGAAGAAAGCUUGUUUGGUUUGGAGUAUGCCAGGAGCGGGUGAAAAAUUAUGCAGCUGGCCAUUAGGUGAGCAAGUUGACAAGGCAGUGGGACCAUGUUACUACAAGAGUAACAGGUUGGUGCUGCCAGAAGCAGGCCGAGGAAAACAAGGUGCUUCUUUCUUUGGUCAGCAAGACUUCCAGGGUUGUUCAACAUACUAUUGUUAAAAGAAAUCUUGGCUUAAUUUUGCUGGUGAAUGUUAUUGGGUGAUGUGAGAACCCUUCUAAAAUGCUUUCAGAAAUACAGUGGUACCUCGGGUUACAUACGCUUCAGGUUACAUAAGCUUCAGGUUACAGCUUCUGCUAACCCAGAAAUAUUACCUCGGGUUAAUAACUUUGCUUCAGGAUGAGAACAGAAAUUGUGCUCUGGUGGCACAGCAGCAGCAGGAGGCCCCUUUAGCUAAAGUGGUGCUUCAGGUUAAGAACAGUUUCAGGUUAAGAACAGACCUCCGGAACAAAUUAAGUACUUAACCCAAGGUACCACUGUAUCUUUCUUUGUUAAAACUUUAUGCUGCUGUGAAGGUGUAUUCAUUCCAACGUUGGUUCCCUCUUUCAGUCAUUGCGAGCUCACGGGAGCACAGCUUGCAUUCCAACUGGAUUCUACGUGCCCCUCGGAGAUGUUCCCAAGACACUGUCCAAAGAGGAAAGACGACAAGCCAAUCGGAGAGAAACAGCCAUGGAAGAACAAUUUGCUCCAGAAAGAAACUAGAAAGAUACCCAAUAUAUCUACCUAAGGCUGUGGAGGGAGCAUUCAAUACUUUGAAGUUUAAACCCAAAGUGUGCCCGAAAGUACUGCUCUGAUCUGGAAGUAAAAUGAAAUGCCCAACGUGGAGUUCCUUACAUAUGAGGGCAGACUAAACAAUCAAGGGCCUUUAUGCAUAAUUGGGGUUUAUUUUUGCAUGAAAUACUUGACGUAGUAGCUAUCUUUUUGAUGCAUAUGGCUCACAGCUCUUCCCUUGAGAUUGCACUUCAACAGAAGGGACACUGAACUUUCUAAAUGCAGCAUUUUAUAGGCUGGAAACUGUGACAUUCCCUGCCCCCACCCCGCAAAUCACACAUCUGUUUCUAACUGUCCUUACCAUGUAGAAUUCAAUAGUACAGGCGUCACGAUGACGUAUUGGACCUUUCCAGUUAUGUUGUGAGAUACGGGCAAGGCAACACCUUCUUCCUCGUGGUCAUACAAUUUUGUCAACUUUGUUUAUAUUGUGGUGUGUGUGUGUUUUUUUAAAAAAGUAUUUGAUGGCCAACCAUGCAAUACCCAGCUAAACAACCCUAAAACUGGAAUACCCAUCUAGGAUUUGUUUUUUUAAGUGGCAAAGAGCAGCCGGACUAC